UACAAUAAUAAAAUACGUGAUGCGAUCAAAGUGAAAAAGCCACUGAAAGAGUGAAACAGCAUUUGUGUGGGUUACACCUGCAGUUUGAAUCCCAAUGAGAGCGCAGAUGAGUUCACCUUGUUAAGAGUGACCUGACCUCAGCCUCUCCCGCCGGCACACUGCAGUGACAGGCCCAGGCCCAGGACACAGUGAACCACUGAGCCCUCGUGUAUCAUGGCUGCCAACCAACAGAGAGCCAGAGCUCAGGGCAAUGCAACAGAGGGGAACAUAACUGAGCCCAGGACUACUGAGAAAAAAUGCUCAUGGGCCUCCUACAUGACCAACUCACCCACUGUGAUUGUGAUGAUUGGCCUACCUGCCAGGGGGAAGACCUACAUGUCCAAGAAGCUGACUCGCUACCUCAACUGGAUAGGAGUGCCAACCCGGGUGUUCAACCUCGGAGUCUACAGGAGAGAAGCCGUGAAGUCAUACAAGUCCUAUGACUUCUUUAGACAUGACAAUGAGGAGGCCAUGACGAUCAGAAAACAGUGUGCUGUUGUGGCACUGCAGGAUGUCAAGGCCUAUCUGAAUGAAGAAGGAGGCCAGAUUGCUGUUUUUGAUGCCACCAACACCACCAGAGAAAGGAGGGAACUGAUUCUCAGAGUAGCUGAAGACAAUGCUUACAAGGUGUUCUUUGUAGAAUCUGUAUGUGACGAUCCCGAUGUCAUAGCUGAAAAUAUUCUGGAUGUGAAGGUGUCCAGUCCAGACUACCCAACGAGAGACAGAGAGAGUGUGAUGGAAGAUUUCCUGAAAAGGAUAGAAUGUUACAAAGUUACUUACCAGACAUUAGACCCUGAUGAAUAUGAUAAGGACCUGUCCUUCAUACAGGUCAUCGACGUGGGACGCCGUUUCCUGGUCAACCGGGUGCAGGACUACAUCCAGAGCAAGAUCGUUUACUACCUCAUGAACAUCCACGUGCACUCCCACUCCAUCUACCUGUGUCGCCACGGCGAGAGUGACUACAAUUUGGAGGGGCGUAUCGGGGGUGAUUCUGAGCUUUCUGCCAGAGGGAAACAGUUUUCUGCAGCUCUGAAGGACUUUGUUGAGGAACAUGGUCUGUCUGAUCUGAAGGUGUGGACCAGCCAGCUGAGAAGGACCAUCCAGACUGCUGAGGAGCUGGGCAUUCCCUACGAGCAGUGGAAGAUCCUCAAUGAGAUAGAUGCUGGUGUAUGUGAGGAGAUGAGCUAUGACAUGAUAAAGCAAACCUACCCUGAAGAGUUUGCUAUGAGGGACCAGGACAAAUACCAUUACCGCUACCCAGGAGGAGAGUCCUACCAGGACCUGGUACAGCGACUGGAGCCUGUCAUUAUGGAGCUGGAGCGUCAAGGCAACGUGCUGGUCAUCUGUCAUCAGGCUGUUAUGCGCUGUCUUCUGGCUUACUUCCUGGACAAAAAUGCAGAUGACCUGCCCUACAUGAAGUGCCCCCUUCACACAGUCAUAAAGCUCACCCCAGUGGCUUAUGGCUGCAAGGUAGACAUGUUUGAUCUGGGGGUGGAGGCUGUUAACACACACAGAGAGAGACCACUAGAUAAAGUCCAUACAGAUGUCCGCCUGCCCGCCUUUCUCAGAUGGAACAGUUUCACCCCCCUCUCCAGCCACGACCAGGUCAAGCGCCCACGCCUUUACAGCGCUGGCAACCCCUCCCAGCCACAGAAGGCCCUGGCCCCCUCUCUGUUCAGCAUGCCGUUCCCAGAGGCAUCCGAGGGGGAGGAGAUGCUGCAGAGCCAAGAGUCUGUUAACUACUUCAGCCCCGGAGACACAGGUGAUGGUGUCGACAGUUAAAGAAGAUUUGUAAAAAUGGACCUGUCAUCUACAUUUACUCAUUUAGCAGACGCUCUUACCCAGAGCGACUUACAGUAAGUACAGGGACAAUUAGGGUGAAGUGCCUUGCCCAAGGACACAACGUCAUUUCGCGGCAACCUUCUGAUUAAUAGCCCGGUUCCCUAACCGCUCAGCCAUCUGAAUCCCUUCAGCUUCCUAUCUAAUACCAGUUAGAUUGCUUUGAUUCCCCCUCCUCUCCAAAGGGAGUUGUCAAGUGUCUGAGGCCCUUGUAAACAAAUUAUUGCAUUGCUAUUUACAGUAGAUUGUCAAGUGUAAUGGAAGAAGCAAGUCACUGCCUCUGAUUAUGGCCAUGUAGCUAGCGUUUCUUUUAUCAUAUUGUGUCAAUGCCUGUGCAUCUGUGUGUAUUAGCACCAACAUACCUAGCACAAAAGUCAAUGUUAAAUUCACUGUACACCGAAAUACAGUAUAUGUCAAAUGUACUGUCUGAAAGUGUCUAACUUGUAAAUGUGUUGUGAAUGUUGCAUUGAAAUAGUUGAUUUUACAACAAAUGAUAAGUUAAGGUUCUGCUUUAGGAGAAAAAUAUCAACACUUGUUUUCAAUCCAUAUGACCUCAUUUGCUUCUGAUGUGCAGAAGCAUAGUUCCAGUGAAUCAUUCAGACCCAAAAGUGCUGGCAAACAUUUCUGGAUUUCUGCAAUGUGGCCUAGGCCAUACUAAGAGGUUACCUCAGUCUGAACUCUUUCUACAGAUGACAGUUUUACUAGUUAUCUUACAGUCCUACACAUCUUACAGUCUUUGGCCUUAUUGCUUAAUUAAUGCCCACCUUAAAGAGUCUUCUAUUAGAAGCCACAUGACAUCUUAGAUUAACCUCCAAUCAUAAUACAUUCUCAGGUGUAUCUGAACUACAGAUGUAGAGUAGUCGCUCUCUUCCGUUAUAUCACAACUUUUGGCACUUGGGACCUCCUCACUGCAUUCCGUUUUUCCUCAGUCAUGGGCUUCAAUGUUGUGUACUCUGAAUCCAUCGGAUUCCAUCGGCACUGCUUCAUGUUAUUUUUUUGACAGGACAGUAUGUGUGCAACACUGUGUAUUUUUGAAUGCAGCUCAACUGGCAACAUAGGGUAGGAAUAAAUUAUACAACAGAGUGGCUCUGAUACGGGUGGCCACUAUUUCUUAUUCUGAUAUUUUUAUAUUUCAACAUUGAAAGAUAAUGUUAAAUGUUUUAAUGCAUAUUUAUUGGCAAAUUAUGUAUUUUUGUUUUAUUUUUGUUAUAUAUCAACAAUGUAUGGUAUUUGUAUGGUUGUAAUUACUUCUAACAAACAGGUUUUCUUUGAGAAAGUGCUAUGGUCUGACUGCUCAUUCUACUCUCACUCAUAUGAUACUGUACUUGGCUUUGAUGUUUUUUUUUUAAUUAUUAUUAUUGAGAAUCACAAGGAAAAUAUGUAACAGACACUUUGUUAUGAUAUUUUAAAAUCCCAAGACUAUUAUUUACUGUAUAUUUUACACUUAAUAAAUAACGUUCAAUUUUU